AUGUCAUGGGUGCCCUCGGGGGUCUGGGAUGCCGGGGUGACACCACAGCUGAAAGCUGACGUGGUUCCAAAGACAGCGGAAAACUUUAGAGCUCUUUGUACUGGUGAAAAAGGAUUUGGGUAUAAAGGAUCCACUUUUCACAGAGUGAUUCCUUCAUUUAUGUGCCAGGGUGGUGACUUUACGAAUCAUAAUGGAACCGGUGGAAAAUCCAUUUAUGGCAGUAGAUUUCCAGAUGAAAAUUUCAUACUUAAGCAUGUAGGACCUGGUGUUCUUUCAAUGGCCAAUGCGGGACCCAACACAAAUGGAUCUCAGUUCUUCAUUUGCACUGCAAAAACUGACUGGCUAGAUGGAAAACAUGUUGUUUUUGGGCAUGUAAAGGAAGGGAUGGAUGUCGUGAAAAAAAUUGAGAGCUUUGGUUCCAAGAGUGGAAAGACCUCCAAAAAGAUUGUCAUUACUGACUGUGGCCAGCUGUCCUAGCCUUUUGCCCUACCAUUCAGGACAACUUUGAUGCUGUGAAAAAUGAAUCAUAAAAAAAACCCCAACAUUUCUGAUCCCAUGAAUAGCACCUAUGGAACCGUAUUUUCUAUUUCGCUUGGUCCAACUUUUAUAUUUAUAUUGAAUAACAUUGAUUAAAAGCAUAAAACAAUAACUGAAACAUGUUUUAACUGAGCUACUGUGGUAGUCACACUGUGUCGAUUUGGUAGAGUCCCAUUGCGUUUUGAAAGAAGUAGUACGGUCGCCCAGAGCAUGUCUGACUGCAGCAUUGAUACUGUUCUUAGCAUUUGGAUGUUUCAGGUGUUAGAAUCGGUGGUGGAGUUGACAACUAAGUGUUCUAUAGUUGGGGGUUAGAUAUAAACUGAGGAAUACCGUGUUUCCUUUGGUGCUAAUAAACGCCUAUUCUG